AGGCGUGUCUCGUGUAUUGUUUUCGGAUAUCGAGGCUGCUUUUUUGUGGUCGAGAUUUUCGAAUAGCGGACAUAACAUUAGAAAUCGUUAAUAUUGCCAUUAUAGUAGCCUGAAGUCGAUCGCAAGUACUAAUUUAAACUUCUGCUGGUCAAGUCGCCUGAUUUUAAGUGACGUUUAUCUUGUUUGGGAGGUACAUUUGUUCUAGGUCAAAUAAGGGGAUGCUGCAGUCGGUGUCUUGGAGCUCGACGACACAAUCGCUGAGUUUUAUGUUGCGUUUAAUCGAAAUAAGUACGAUAACGAUAAGAGAAAAUGUUUGCAGAAUAUGUUAGUCUCGACCGAAUCAAAGAUACUGAAUUCAGAUUGUGCAACAUAUUUAAUUACUGCCCCGCACCGCGCAUAGACUCAAGAGGAUUUUAGCUUGUGUUGUGUUUUAGUAGUACUCUGUAAACCGAGUCAUCUGUGAAGCGGUCUAACUGCUCGGUUGUGAUAUUUUUUAUUUUAUUUUUUUCCCAAGUGGGCCGUACAGCGGAAAAGCCAUGAAGCUUUUGGAAAAUUCCCAAUUUGAAGCCUUAAGCUCCCAGCUGUGUGUUGAAACUGGAGACGCUCACAUUCUGGGCAGGAUGGAGAGUUACUCGUGUAAGAUGGCUGGUGAUGACAAGCACAUGUUUAAGCAGUUCUGUCAGGAGGGGGAACCACAUGUACUGGAAGCCCUGUCACCCCCUCAGUCCAGCAGUGCUCCAAGCCCUAACCUACUGGGGAAGAGUGGGGAGGAUGGAGAGAACCCACUAAGCGAUAAAUGUUGCAGGAAGACUUUGUUCUACCUCAUCACCACCCUGAAUGAGUCCUUCCGGCCUGAUUACGACUUCAGUGCUGCCCGUGCCCAUGAAUUUAGCCGAGAGCCCAGCGCUAACUGGGUGGCAGACUCCGUUAACAGUAGCCUUUAUUCAGCUGUGGGGGAUCAGUUCAACUCUUUGGGGCCUGAACUGUGGUCUGCCAUUGAUCAAGAGAUAAACUUGCAGAUCUGUGACAUCUAUAGCUACAACCCAGACCUUGACUCUGACCCCUUCGGUGAGGAGGGAAGCCUGUGGUCCUUCAACUACUUUUUCUACAACAAGAAGCUUAAACGCAUUGUUUUCUUCACUUGCCGCUCAGUCAGUGUCCUCAGUAGUUAUGGUCGUAGUGGGCUUGACAAUGAGUUAGACAUGGAGCUGGAUGAUGACGAGGAAGUGGACUGUUUCAUGGAAGACAGGUUCCCCCGAGCUCUGUGUGUCUAAACCUUCUUCUGGGAUGUCAACUUGAACUUCAAACAAAGGGCCUCACUGUUCACCACCUAACUUUUUUUUUUUUUUGCUCAAUUCAUCCAUUAAUUAGGGGGGAAAAAAACUUUCAAAAGCUUUCUUUGUUGGAGUUUUAGUUUAUUUUUUGUAUGUGUUUUUAAUGUGUGCUUCAUUUUGCUCUGUUCAGUAAGGGCUGAAAGGAGGAUUUUUGGGAAUUAAAUUUAGACCUCUCAUUUGCUUUAUAAGAUGACCACAGACUGGCUGAGAAGAAUUUCAAGAGAGCUGCUUGGUUUGACAUGAACUCAUUUAGGCAUGGGCUAAGACACAAACCAUGUAAAAACUACACUGAAAACCAUUUUCACCAGCCCUCCCAGGAAAUGUCACCAUAGCAGCAUGUUCAAACACCAGCAUUUUGACAAAGGAGACAAGAUGUGUUGACAUCAAGGCUUUUUUUUUUUUAACACACUUUGGACUGUAGACUAUGUGAGCCACCAUUUCUGAACAUUUGUUGUUUUAUUGGUUCUCUGAAUGUUUUCAUGAAUGGUCUUCUUUUUAUUUUAUUUUUUUACUCUGUAAAGUUUGAUGUUUAUGUAUGUUAAUUUUGUCUUUUACUUAGUCCACUGUGUGAAAGCUUUAAUCAUUUUAUUAUUAUUUCACAAGACUUUCAGUGUUUAAGAUUUUUUUAGCUUCAUUUCUAUAUAUUAGCUUAUUUUAUUUUUUAUUUUUUUUAAGAAGCUUUUUAAAUAGAAAUUGCUGAUGUCUCUGUAUAUAUCACAUUCAGCAAUUUCAAUAUACAGAAUUUACUGCACUGAUUCUAUCCUAUCACUAUUUAUUACUGUUUAUUUGUCUUUCUGGCUCUGAUUUACCUGCUAUAAUGGUUGCUAGUAUGAUAUAUAUAUAUAUAUAUAUAUAUAUAUUUAUCACACACAUUCAUCAGUAUUUAGAUUAGUGCUACGUUGCACAUGUCAAUUCUUUUGCAUCUUUUUUGGCAUGAUUUUUAGUAAAUCCGCUCCAUCUUGCUACUCUGGCAUAGCUAAAAUGUAAACAAACAAACCAAACGUUGUCAAAGCUGAAGUUUCUUAAUGUUUUUGUUUCUUACAAUAUGAAUUUAAUUUUACCACUGUUUUGAAAUGGAUAGACAAUGUGAAUGGAAAAUGCUUCUUGUAGCCAUUUUAGCAUUUAAACAGACACUCACUUUAACAAAAUGUAAGGAUGAUUGAGCAUCUGUGACUUCUUUUUGGAAGAAAAUAAAGGUUUUGUGUUAUUUA